GCCGUAUCCUGUGCCUUUCCUGGCACCCGUCGGACAGUCGUAUAGCAGCCGGCUCCAUCGACAUUCUGCGCGUGUUCGACGUCUGCUCAGGCCAAACUGUCCAGAGGAUCAUGGUGAACUACCACGUGCAGAAGGUAAAGCGCGAGUGCAUCGUGUGGAGCAUCGCCUUCCUCUCCAGUGGUACUGUCGUCACUUCAGACUCCUUUGGGAGAGUGCAGUUCUGGGACUGGGAGCGAGGGUCGCUGUUGGAGUCCCACACCGUCAGCACGUCGGCUGUCCUCUCGCUGGCCGUGUCAGAGAAGGAGGACAGUAUCGUCGUGGGCACCUCGACCGGGGCCACCUACCAGUUUCAGCUGUUGCCGGUGAAGAUGGGCAGCCUGGAGAAGCGCUGGGUGCGGACAAAGCCCUUCCAGCAUCACACCCACGAUGUGCGAGCCGUGGCACACAGCUCAACAGCUCUCAUCUCCGGGGCUCUGCUUGGCUUACAGGCUUGAAUGGUGAUCCGCCCGCUGAUGGAGAAGAUGCAGAAGAAGGGCUACGAAGCAGUGCUCCGCAAAUUCAUCUUCCCCCACCGACGCCUUGUCUCCUGUGCCAGGAAAGCCCGGCUGCUCCUCUUCCAGUUCUCCCAGCACCUGGAGCUCUGGAGGCUUGGGUCCACCAAUGAGACCGGAAAGGAUGGCGAGGUCCUUCCUGUGUGCCGCAUGCCUGAGCACCUCGUGCAGCUCAAGAGCAAGGGUCCGGAGCACAUCUACUGCAGCUGCGUCUCACCCUGCGGCAGCUGGGUCGCCUACUCCACAGCUUCCCGCUUCCACCUCUACCGAGUGCAAUAUGAGGGCAAUGGCGUCAGCGUCAAGAAGGUCCCCAAAGUGCCCAAGCUGCUGCUCCCGGCCUACCAGCUCCAGUUCUCUGCCGACUCCGGCGGCCUCUUUGCCGCCUCCGCUCGAGGCUCCAUCCAUGUCCUCCAGCUGCUGCAGCCGGGGGGCUGCAAACACCUGCACACGUUGCGGCCUUCCGCAGGGUCUCCCGAGGCUGUUUACCUGCUGGCAGUGAGCGCAGAUGGGCACUGGCUGGCCGCAGUCAGCGGGGACUGGGCAAUCCACAUCUACAACCUGAAAUGCUUCAAGCAUCACUGCAUGGUGCCCACCUACAACUGCGCAGUGACAGCACUCGCCAUCCACCCAGUCACCAACAACCUCGUUAUCGCCUACUCAGACCAGCAGCUGUUCGAGUUCAGCAUCCCCGAGAAGCAGUACACGGCCUGGAGCCGCAUGGUGCAGAACUGUGGGCUGCACAGGGUCUGGCUGGAGAGGGACACGCCCAUCACCCACAUCACCUUCAACCCCAAGAACCCCUCACACAUCCUGCUCCACGACGUCUACAUGUUCUGCAUCCUCGACAAGUCCCUGCCCUUGCCGGACAACAGUGCCCUCCUGAUGAACCAGAGCACCCUGAAGCAGCUGCCAGAGAAUGCCAGGCAGCGGCAGCUCCACGCCUUCAAGAUCUGCAAGAAGUUCCAGCCCCUGCUCUUCGCGGAUCUCCUGGACGAGAACUGCCUCGUGACGGUGGAGCGGCCCAUCAUGGACAUCAAGACCCAGCUGCCGCUGCCCGUCCAAAAGAAGAAAUUUGGCACCUGA